AUGGGAAAUAUUGUACGAGGCAGAAAAACAGAAGACCGUUUCAAAGCAGAACGUACUCUAGUCACAGUCAGAGCAGCCGGAGCUUUUAAAUCAAAAGUGAAAAGUGUAAAGAAAAAGACAGCGGCAAAAGAGAUAGAAGAGAUCAUAGAAUGGAAAUUUGGAAGGAAAAACACCAGGACUGGACAACAUCUAGGUAGACGUACUACAGCUUAUGAGGUGGAAGAAGAAACUUUGGACAAUACAGACAAGGAAGUUAUUAAGUUUGUACGCAGGUAUGUACAAUAAAAAACAGUUCGCUUAGCUUGAUUUAUCAUGCAGAUUAUUCCAUACUGACUUUUUGUAAAAUUUUAGUAACUAUUAUACCAAACAACGGUAUACUAUACUACGUACUUUUCUAUGAAGAAGUAAGCUAAGCAGUGUAGAAAUGGCUUUAGUGUGUUAUACUUGUGUUAUAAGUUUGUGUUUGUAUUAGGCCGGAUACGGCGUGUUUUUCACUAUUUCUUUUGACUUGGGCUUCGCAUUGUUUUGUAUGCAUGGACUUGCGCGCACGGUAUCCCCCCCAACACAGCCUGUGGCGCAGACAGUCGAUCGGCUACCCCUCCCGUACAGAACAAUGGAAAAUACCAAUGGUUUAGAUGAUACUUUAAUAGCAGUAGGGGGGGGGGGGGGGGGAACUACUCAUGUCUCACGGACAUUAAAAAGUAGAAAUAACGCAUCACUGCGAUUAAAAUUCCGUGUUCAUACGUGCACGGAAAUUCCCAAAGUAAAAGAACUGUAUUUCGCGGAUUUUGGUUUCGUAUUUUUACCUUUCACCUUAAAAACAUUUAACCCCAUGAUCACGUAAAACUCCUUUCAACCACUCUGUAGAGGUCCUGUGUAAAUCGCCGUUCCUUCAAGAGGAGGUACAAUCAGAAUCAGUUUUAUAGGUGCCUACUCACCCAUUGUGACUUAGGUUAUUGUCACAUUAUACAGGAUACCUUUUCGUGACAACAUCUAUGCGGUAUGAGACUCUCCACACAAAAAAGCACUUUAUUUGAGUGUCAAUGUAUUUAGCACGAAAGUACUAAUUAGGGACACUAUUUUUACGUCUCCUUGUUGAUACAGGACCGCCAUUUUACGUGGUCAUCCGAGCCACACGAAGGUCUACCCGUUUGCAGGGCAAAUGAAGUACCUUCAGUCAUUUCUCAGUUAUUUUAAGACCUUGAAUAUUGGUCCGGCCCCGGGAAUCGAAACCGCGACCUUCCAAUUUGCAGUCAAGCGCUUUAUCGAGUGAGCUAAUCCUGCCACUUUAAAAGAGACCGGCGCGGCGCGGCUUCGCUCCGUUACAGAAAUCGCACCGAAUUCAUAUCACCGUUUUUAUGCAUGAACAGUAGCCCUGUCUGAUAUGGUUUUCGUGCAUGCGCAAAAGCUAUCCAGUAUAAUGUGAAUAAAGUAUUAUUUCUCCUGCAGCGUCCAUGUAGGUGACAACAAGCAUGGUCACGUCUCCAUAAAUGACACAAGUGUUGCUUGGACGGCUCUUCGUGAAUCAGCCAAUCGCGAUCGAAGAGAUUUCUUGGCCUAUGAGCACAGGAGAGACAGUGGUCGGCUUAAACAGUUAGGUGAUGUCUUCAGGUUUCUCAGAAGAGCUUCAAAAGAGGCUGAAACGCGGAAGGCUACCGAAGAAUUUCUUCCUUAUGAUGAACAGUAUAGGGUAAGUGACCCGAAGUAAGAGAGUUAAUAGUGGGUCUUCGCUUUCGGCAAGUUUUUGUCAGUUUCCCUUGCACGCUGGUAUUUCUUGUAUUCUUACCGUCAGUAAGAUAUUGUAACACACACCACCUGUCGAUUAGUCAGCUAAACAGCUUAUGUGAAUCUUAUUCUCACAACAGUUCUCACUAACUAUUGUAUGCGAUUUUUCCAUUCGCUCAUUCAUUCUACAACAAAUCUUCAUAGUUUCUCAUGGUCAGCCAAUCAUUAAUUCAGCCAUCAGUGAAUCAGUCAGUAAAACAUCCAGUGUGUCAAUCUUGAGACACUCAGUCUGUCAGUCAGUCAGUUGUCAGACAGUCAAUCCUUCAUUCAUUUAUUCAUCCAUUCAUUCAGUCAGUAAGUCAGUCUGUCAUCCAGCGCUCCUUCCAGAACUGUAAUAUCCAACAUGAUAUUUGCUAUUCUUUUAGCCACAGUGGGAGACACGUUGUCAUAUUUGUCGCUCCUCCUCUACGAACUGUAGUCCUUUAAUGUUGUGCCGAAUAUGCCCACGAAUAUAUCACAGAGAAUGUUUGGAAAGCCGUGGUUACCUUUCAGAUGGCCUCGCAAGUGAUACAGUCAAACUUGAAUCAGGUGAAAUUGGAUGGAGCUGCUUCAUUUGUGUAAGUUAGCCUGCGAGCAUGCUCUUCUGGGGUUCCCAAUGGUACCAGGGGUGGGGGAGGCAUGCGUUAGUCGUUAGUUAUCCAAUUAAAUGAAAAAAGUGCUGGUUUUGGGAUUGAAAUGGAGGCUUUGUGGUCGAGCGGUUAAAACCUCGAACUCCUGAUCUGGGGGUCCGGGGUUCAAGCCUUGCCCGUUGCGUUUUUUUCUAAGACAAGGCUUUAUUCCAUUUUGUCUCUCUUCACCCAGGUGUCUAAAUUGGUGCCGGCGACACACUGCUUGGGGGGAGGGGGUGGGGGAUUACCUUGCGAUGGACUAGCAUCCCGUCCGGGGGGGAAAAGCAAUACUUCUAGGCAUGUUUAAGCAAACCGAGGUAAGCUCCGGCUGUUUAGGCCAUUGGCUCGUGUACGCCUUCACCAUUUACCUUACCUUGGGACUGAAAGCAAUAGAAAUUAAAAGGAGCAUUACUUGCCUUCUUUGCAAAUUUUCUUUAGCAAGCAAUCAAGGAGGCUAAAGGACUCGGAUCAAAGAGGAAAAUUCACUAACUGUUAAUUUUUUUUAAAAGAGCUUUUUUGUUGUUGUUGUUGUUGUUGUUUUGCAGGAAAACUUAUUUGACCUGUUAUCCGAUACGGAAAAGAUUGACAUUAUGGAAACAUUUGAUCGAAUUGACACAAAUCAGGGUUUGUUGAAAAAAUAUUUUCUUGAUGAGCAACUGCUCGGAAGAGAAGUCACCAACGGUGCGUUUCCCUGAUCUCAAAACAAUACUAAAACAAUUGAAAGAAUGACAUGUCGUUCUUUCCUGCGACCAAUCAGGAGAAACCUUCCGAGCAGCUCCUUCACUACUCAAUAACAUAAUUGAUAUUCCUUGCACCAUAGCUUUGAGAUCUAACUGCUUAGAGCAAUCUAAAAAAAAAAAAAAUGGGCCAAACUUCUUUAAGUACAUGAAUGCUAUUGUAACUCCCAUGAUACAUAUUCCGUUAAGCUACACUGAACUGUUUCACUCUAUAGAUUAGCAUAAAACUAUUACUGACCAUGACGUUUUGUGUAACUUUUGUACAAAGUAAAAUUGUUUCUUUUUUCUUCUCUUUUUUCCUUUCCAUACGUUUUCAGAUUCAUUUAUAAACAAAGAAGAGUAUCUAGAUUACCAGAAAGAUUGUUACCAGAAGUUAGUCGGAUUAGAAAUGCCCGAAUUUCGAAUUCGAAUUGAAGAGCGAAUAUUUGCCGAUAUGGACAGAAGCAAUUCGGGUCAGAUCGAUUGGUGGCAAUACCAAAUACCCAUGUGUGUUAGAAAAUUGACUGCGAGGAAAAAGGUAACUAGCUAAAAAAAGAAUUAUUUAACCUCUUUGUUUUACAUAUAUCUUGGCUUUCGCAAUCGGCUUUCUUUAUAUACUCUGAGGUAAAUCUAACAAUCCGGCAAAGCCGAAAAUUAAACACGUCUUUUAAAUAUUGUCUAAAUAUUUCAGUGUAUUGUAAACAUAGACCUAUGGUUUUGUAUUCUUCUUACGGUUCCUUAAUGGUGAACAAGUUUAUUCGUCUUGUUCGGGAAGUGUUAUCUAUCUUUACACAAAAAUACUGCUACUUAUGUCCUUUCGACAUGCUAACAGAUCUCGAAUAAUAUUAGGGGCAAUGUUGACUGCUCCUUGAUUAUGUUUUUGUGUCUUUUCAGAGAAAUCUUGUCCCACAUCUAACGAAACUUUACAAACUUAGAACUUUCUUCCAAGCGUAUGAUCAAGAUCGAUUUGGAACAAUAAGCAGAAAUUCCGCUAAGAUGGCAUUCAAAAAAUGGUAUCUUUCGCUUAUAAACCUCAGAUAUGAAGAUGUACCGCUCUGCGACUGGCUUGGAGCGGAAUGGAUGAGAGAUGAUGAGCCCGAGGAGAUAUCAGUUUUUCAGCGGUCUACCACAGUAGCUUGGAAAGACUUUGUCAAGAACAACGCGCUGUAUAUUUUGUCUGCUCGGCCAAACACGGGGUCUUUACGGCCUUAUAUUCCACGAAUAGAGUCGUAUUGCAAAGGAUUUGAUGAUGACGAAGGAGAUAAUGACGAUUUUUAA